GCUGGAGAUUGGCAAAGGAAAAACAAACAUCAUGUCCGACCUCCCAGGCUUCGAUAACUACUUUAAUCUAACCGGCAAGGUCGCGCUGGUGACUGGCGGCUCGCGCGGCCUGGGCCUACACAUCGCGACGGCCCUCCUCCGCGCCGGCGCCCGCACAGUCUUCAUAACUGCCCGCAAAGAACCCGGCGUGCGCGAAGCCGUCGACAAGCUAAACGCCCUGCCCGGAAUAAAGGGCAAAGCCAUCGGGAUCGCCGCGAAUGUCUCGGCGACAGAGGAGAUCCAGGCGCUUGUCGAGCAGGUGAAGCAGAAAGAGUCGCAGCUCGAUAUCCUGAUUGCGAAUGCGGGCGCGACGUGGGGUGGGCCGUUUGAGAGCUCGCCGGAUUGGGCGAGUCAGAAGGUUGUGGAUUUGAAUGUGAGGGGGGUUUUUAAUCUGGUGCGAUUAUUCACGCCUAUGCUCCAAGCAUCCGGAACACCCACCUCCCCCUCACGCGUCGUAAUUGUCAGUUCCGUCGCGGGCUCUGUGGUCUCGCACACGGGUGAGAACGGCACAAUCAUGUACUCGGCCUCGAAAGCCGCAGCGACGCAUCUCGCGCGGAACCUCGCCGUCGAACUGGGUCCCAAGAAUAUCACGGCAAACAGUCUCUCGCCGGGAUUCUUCCCCUCGAAGCUGGCGAAUGGACUCAUUGAGAAGUUGGGUGGUGAGGAGGAGUUGCGGAAGGGGUAUCCGAGGCAAAGAUUGGGGGUUCCGGAUGAUAUCGGGGCUUCGGUGUUGUUUUUGGUUAGUCCGGGGGCGAAUUAUGUGACUGGAGUUGAUCUGGUUGUCGAUGGCGGAAGUCGUCUUGCGAGGGGGAAGUUGUAGACUCUGUAUUCGACAGUUCUAGUGAGAAUGAUACUAUCGAUCAUUCUUGAUCGACUUGACUGCUUUAAUGAAGUCUCUGCAUUGAUAGUGAAAGCGAACUGCGCUCUACUUGUCACUAUGCAUCUGGUCAAUAGGGCCGCAUAGUUAACCCAACAGGGUAAAGAGCAAAGUAAGACCUCUUAAUACAGCAUCU